AGUACGCGAGGGCAAAGUUGGAAGCGUGAUGGAGUGAGGAAACUUUAACACAAAGAAAAGUGGAAACGUUUUUGGUUGAAGCAUGUGACAAUCAGUAGGGCUGAACUCAAUCCAAAGAUGGGUUAUGACAUUGAGCGAUUCAUCGGACCAAUCAACGAUGGCCUUUUAUGUUGCAUCUGCCGUGAUGUGCUUGAGGACCCAUUGCAAGCGCCGUGUGAACACGCAUUUUGUUCAGUUUGCAUCCAUGGCUGGCUUGUGCAUGAGAAUUUCUGCCCAGAGGACAGAAGGACACUAUGGGCGUCUGAGCUCAAACCCAUAUUCCGUUACAUGAAAAAUGACUUAAACCAGCUCCAGAUUCGAUGUAAAAACACACGAGCAGGCUGCACGUUUGUGUGUGACCUCGAACACGCAGCUGCACAUGACCGUGAGUGCCCCUUUGACACAGUGGAGUGCCCCAGUGUGGGAUGCACAGUGAUGGUUGAACGAAGGCAGAUGGAGGAGCACCUCCAAUCGUGCGAAUUUAGAACACGUGAAUGCCCGCGUGGUUGUGGCCUCCCCCUUUUGAGCACUGAGGAUGCAGAUCACAAUUGCAUUGCGGAGCUACGGACCACACUAGAACUUCUCCGCUCAGAGAUGAUCUGUAAAGUUGAAGAUCAGAAACAAGAGAUGGAGCUCCGCCUUGAUGCACAGCGGCGCCACAUGGUGCAAAGGGAAAGCGCUCUGCAGAGUCAGGUGGACGAGCUGAAAUCUCAGAUGUCACGUCUCACACAGGAUGUCCAGAUCUUAUCAGAUAAAGAGAAACAGCGCGUAGAGGAGACACAACGCUUAGAACUGGAAAAGAAAGAGCUGAUGGAUUUACUGCGUAGUUUACACAUUCGGGAACCAGAGGAAAGAAUCAUCACCAAGAAGCACAUUUGCCGUCAGUGUCAUAAGACAGAGAAGGUCACUCUGCUGUAGUAACUUUUGUAUUGUCUUGUUAUCACUUAGGCCAUGUUCAGUUCAGUUUUAACUAAAACUGUUAUAGUCCUUAUUUAAGGAAGUACACUUUUUGCUACCUCUACAAUAUAUGAGUUAUUUGGUUGGAAUAAGGAAUGGUGGUUGAUGUAGUUAAAAUAACAUUUACAACUUAUUUUUCAGAAUAUUAAUUCACUUCAAAUUAGUGAGGGUUUACAUAGAUGAUAGGUUCUUUAAAAAUAUACUUCUUGAAGUAAGAUAUAUUGGUUUAUUUAAGACUAUCCUGAACAUAGCCUUUUUCAUCUGUAGUGCCAUAAUACAUUAAAAGUUGAGCAGUUGAAACUUCUGAAACAAAGGCCCUUUUUGCAUCAUGCAGUGCACCUACACAAAAAAAAAACUCUUUUAGAGUCAUAAGACUAUAGAUAGCAGCUGUAGUUUGCCACAACAACCAUGCUGUCAUAUUCAUCAUAUUUUUAAGAUCAUUAUGCUUAGAAUGCCAUGUAGAAUUUCAUAUUUGAUACAUUGCCAUAUGUAAUUGUGCUUCAGCUGUUAGACAAACAUUUUGCCAUCAUUCAGUCAUGCCAUUCAUAGUGUCAUUAGGUAGCAAGAGAUAUCAAUUUGUGUGUCAAACCAGAUACCUGUUUGUUGAAGUUGUGUCUCCUUUCAAAUUGGUCAUUAUUAGAGUGACCAAAUAUGACCCAUAUCAGGAAGACAUCAGAUUAUGAUUAGGUCAGCAUAAAAGGCCAAUCUAAUCCCUCUGUGCCUCUGCCAAAGUGAGGGAAUUAGUUCAGUUUUUUUUUUUUUUUUUUUUUUUUUUUUAGGUCUACCCAGCUUAGCUGAAAACUGGCCAUAAAAUGUUUAAAAAUUAGCAACUUUAAGGCAAAUUUUUUUUUUCAUUUUCUUCUUUCAAUUUUGUGUCAUUUAAUGUAGAAACUUUGUUUUGCAUAAGUGAAUGUUUAUCACUAGUGAAAUUUAUACUUUUUUUUCCCAAUAAUGCCAAAAAGACAAAGAUUUUGAACUGAUUUUGAACAGAAUUGCACAUUUAAUCCGUCCCAGAUUCUUGACAAUUAACCAUUUUUGGUUAAAAUGUUUUCUUUGCAGUGCUGAUAAUCAUAGUGAUAUACUUAUACUAUAGGUCUUUUUAUCUAUCCAAUUGUUAUUAUACAUAGCAUAUAACAGUUUGCAUCAUUCAGCUUUGGUUUUUAUGCAUGGGUUUUAAGACUUGUUGCUGACUCACUGUGAUAUAUGGAAUGGGGAAACUUUUAAAGUGGAAUAUGAAUACAGUGAUUACUCGAUCUUUUCAAUGGGGGGGG